GCAGGAGCUGGGUUGCAGGGUUGGCGGAAGUGCCGCGUAUCCCCGGUGCCAUCCUCACCAGUCAGACAUGGAGCGGGUCGGGAUGCAGCUGCCGCAGGGCCCGGGCACUCUGUGCUUCGAUAAAAACGAGUUUAUGAAGGAUGGGUUUGACGUUGACACCUUUAUGUCAGAAUGCCGAAAACGUGUGCAGCUGGAAGACCUCAGAGACGAUCUGGAACUUUAUUACCGGCUUCUGAAGACUGCCAUGGUAGAACUAAUUAACAAGGACUAUGCAGACUUUGUGAAUCUGUCCACAAACUUGGUGGGAAUGGAUAAAGCGCUGAGCCAACUGUCAGUACCUCUAGGACAACUAAAAGAAGAAGUACUGAGUUUAAAGACAUCUGUAAGUGAUGUUAUCCAAGCAGUGGAUGAGCGUUUGGCUAAACAAGAUGAUAUUCGUAAAAAGAAGAUGUGUGUUUUAAGGAUGAUUCAGGUUAUUCGUUCAGUUGAGAAGAUUGAAAAAAUUUUGAAUUCUCAGAACAGCAAAGAGAAUGCUUCUGAGCUAAACAGCUCACUGCUGACUGGACAGACCCUAGAAAGAAUUGCUACAGAAUUUAACCAGUUACAGUUCCAUGCAGUCCAGAGCAAGGGCAUGCCUCUGUUGGACAAAGUGAGACCUCGUAUUGGUGGCAUAACAUCGAUGUUACAACAGUCUUUGGAAGGGCUGCUCUUAGAAGGCCUUCAGACGUCCAAUGUGGAUAUAAUUCGUCACUGUUUACGGACUUAUGCUACUAUUGACAAAACCAGAGAUGCCGAAGCAUUAAUUGGCCAGGUGUUAGUGAAACCAUAUGUUGAUGAGGUCAUUGUGGAAAAAUAUGUACAAUCUCAUCCCAAUGGGCUCCAAGUCAUGUAUAACAAACUUCUUGAGUUUGUUCCUCAUCAUUGUCGACUUCUAAAGGAAGUGACAGGAGGUUCCAUAUCAAGUGACAAAGCAGACAUGGUUCCUGGUUAUGACUUUUUAUUGAACUCUGUCUGGCCAGAGAUUUCCCGUGGCUUAGAAGAAAAGUUACCAUCACUCUUUAGUCCAGGAAAUCCAGACAUUUUUCAUCAGAAAUAUACAAUAAGCAUGGACUUCGUGAGAAAAUUUGAGCGCCAAUGCGGGUCUCAGGCUAGUGUGAAGAGAUUACGUGCGCAUCCCUCCUACCACAGCUUUAACAACAAGUGGAAUUUGCCCGUGUAUUUCCAGAUAAGGUUUAAAGAAAUAGCUGGAAGUCUAGAGUCUGCAUUGUCUGCUGGGCUAGAAGAUGCACCUGCGGGAAGCAAAUAUUGCCUCCGGGCUUCACAUGUACUAUCGAAAUGCCUGACAGAAUGCUGGUCCGAUCAGAUCUUCAUACCUUUACUUGCACAUCGUUUUUGGAAACUAACAUUACAAAUGUUCUCCCGUUACUCUCUCUUUAUUAAUGAGCUGGCAUCUCGAGUAACUUCAGAAAGAGUUAUAAAUGAGAAUAAAAAUCCACUAUUGCCCAGUAAUAGAGACUCAGCCCCUUCACCUGCCACCAGUGAGGACCAAACAAGUGGAACUUCUCCAGAGGCCCAGUCAUCUGUUAUUACCACUCGUCGGCUAAUGCUUAUAGUAGCUGAUGUUGAAAAACUAAAGGAUGAGUUACCAGAACUAACAGACGUAAUUAAACAGAAGCUUGAUCAGAUUGGUUUUAAGGACUUCUCCAUAGUAAAAGGAGCCUUGGAAGACACUUGCAAUGCAUUAUCCACACCUCUGUUGGCAAUAAAUAACAAAAUUACACUUGACCUUAGUGAGUCUUGCAUUGUAUAUUUAAAAGGUGCUCUGGAAAUCCCCAGGCUUUACAGGAGGACAAAUAAGGAGGUACCAACAAAAGCUUCCCCAUAUGUAGACAAUGCUGUUAAACCCCUUCAUCAGCUUCAAAAUGAAUACAAAACUCUCCUCAGUCAGUCAGUCAGAGAAAAAUGGCUGAAAGGUGCGCUUUCUGAAUGUGCACAAAGGUAUUUUGACACUGUAUCAGAUGUCCUCAGUUCUGUGAAGAAGAUGGAGGAAAGUCUGAAGAGACUUAAACAAGCUCGUAGAAACACAACAGCAAGUAACGCAUCAAAUGGUGGUGUUGGUGAUGACAACAAAAUAAGACUUCAGCUAGCACUCGAUGUUGAAUAUAUGGGAAAUCAGAUACAGAACUUGGGUUUGCAGACUGAAGACAUAAAAUGCUUUCCGGGUCUUUUAGAGUUGGUUCAAGCUGCCAAGGAACAGGCAAUAGCAGAACAAGGAUAACUAUGAUUGUGCUGUAUCAGUGAAUAAUAUAUAUACAUAUAUUGGCAUAUUUUCAUUUGUAAGACUGAAGGGAGUAAAUCAUGUUGUGAUGUAUAUAUAACUUCUUUUGAUUGCAACAAAUUGUGUUUUUGCAGAAAACCAAGAAAUAUGUUGUUCUACCUAAUAAAUGAUUAAAAUAUCCUGUACAUACAAAA